AUGGACUCGGAAAGACAGUGUCUGCUUGCACCUACUGCUUCAGAGAUCAGAUAUAACAGAACCAGACCACUAUCAUAUGAAGAAGUGUUGACAUCUCGACGAGAGCUUCCCUGGAAGAGCGCUCGAAUUUGCUUGAUUCUCAUAUUUUGGGCAGUCAUGGCCGCGUUUCUUUCUAUCAUCGCAUCCAUACUGUCGAAUAACAACUGCUCUUUUCGAGAACUAGACUCAGUGCCAUCAGUGCCACCCGUACAUAUGUCCUUUGGGCCUUUAGUGUCA